UUGCGGAAGUAGAACCCAUCAAUGUGCUAGCUAGCCAGCCAUUUGUUGCGUUUUCUAUUAAAUUAUCGUUGGAAAUAUAUCACUAGUCAGAUAAAAUGUUGUUCCAGGAAAAUAUGACAAACUGUGUUACUUUUCAGAACAAAUUAACCUCGGUAAUGGAUGUGUUGGCCAAAGCUGCGGUGGCAGAAAUAAGUAAAUUGUUCGAUGAUGGGUUCGCAGUUUUACGCUUGGAAAUGUGCCGAAGAGAAAAUGAAAUAGAAUCAUUGAAAAGAAAAUUGUUGUUUAUGGAGAACGAACGGCAAAUGACGAGGUCCAAACCAGCAGAGUGUUCUCCCACAUGCUCUUCGUCUUCAACCAUGGUAGAUCAGGGGUCAAAAGCAUCUGAUGAGGAUGCUGGUGAAAGAACUUCAUCAGACCAGACCGCAAGAGAGAAAGUGAUCACACUUAAUGACCAACAGCAUCAAAAUAGACCACACCCACACGUGGAACCUGUAGAGGGACUCAAUGAACAGUACAGAUCUGGUCAUGGAGAGGUAGGCCGUGAACUAGCAUUGAUGGUGAAGACAGAGCAAGAGGAACAGUAUGAUGUUAUUUCACUACACACAUCAGGAAGUGAACAUGACACAGAGAGAUCGGAUCAUCAAGAUACUGAAUUUGCAGUGGAUGGCAGAGACAGUCAGCUAUGGGCAUCUGUGUCAGAGAGGAUCUGUGAAUCUGAGAGUCCAGAUUGCUCUUAUAGUACAGAACAAUAUGCUCAGGAUCUUGAUACAGACACACAGCUCAUUCAGAGUGCCGUGGAGGGUCUCCAUAAUGAUCAAUCAGAGAUGGGGUACAUUAACAGACUAAUGAAAGAAGAGAUGCGAGCACAGUCUGUUUGGAAUGAUCGGAGAACGAACUCUACAGAUUUGGCUCAGGUACUGCCAGGACAGCCUGGAGAUCAAACCAUGUACCCAGGAGGAAGGGAGGAAGGGACAACUACCAGAGUGGCCUCGGAUAAACAAACACGACCCAAUGAGAGUGCAGCAUAUUCAAACAGUUGGCUAAACAAUGUGUUUUCACUUGCCCCGAAUUGUUUCAACGCUGUUAAAGUUGCCCCGAGGAGGUCCCCGGCAAGAGAGAAGUGGUUUGUUUGCACGUACUGUGGGAAGAGCUUUGAUCGGGUCAGUCACUUGGAGAUGCAUCAGCGGAUUCAUACUGGAGAGAAACCGUACAGCUGUGGAACUUGUGGGCGGUGUUUUGCUCAGCAGAGUAAUCUCCGCACACACCAACGAGUACACAGGGGCCUCAGAACAAAGCAAACAGUCUAUUGAUGGUAAUCACCAUAACGAGACAUAAGAACACUCUACCAAAACUAGCUGGGACCCGCAGAUAGGUUAUUAAACCUAAUGGACAAACCCUUAGUAAUGACUAAGUAAAUGGAGUCAGUCUAGACACUCCUGCAGAAAGCUGCACUGUGUUAUGUUUGUCUUUCCAUUCUGUAAAAUUUAGAGCAGUGAAAUUCUCACGUGCUAGUGGUGCUAAUGCUCUUUGGAGGAUCCAAGUGGCAGGUCUGUAGCCUUCUAUUUGUAACCUUUUAUGGAACACUUAUCAAGUGGCAGGUCUCU